GCCAAUUGGCUACCGCGUCGCAGCUUGCCAUCUCAUCGUUCUCACCGCAUAUAUGGAGUUUUAGCAAUAUUCUUUAUUUACAUUUCGUUAAGGUGAUCAAAAUUUCGCGCCAGGGAUAAAGCUGUGGGACCGUGCCUCUGUCCCUCCGAAGGUAUAUCGAUAAGAAGAAGAGGAGGAAGGACGAACGUGCGACGUGCGAUUUUCACGAGUCCAUUUUAUUUCCGACGAGAGAUGUCCGACGGCAUGGAGCGAGAGAAAAAUAAGAGGUUAACCGCGAGGGAAAUCGAAGAAGAGGAAAUGAAGCGCAAGCUCACAGGUAUUGGGAUAUAUGAGCCAGGGAUUACCUUUAAACAAAUGAAAAGACUACUCGAAUUUGUCAAUGAGUCUCAAGAUACAUCAAACAUUGCUUCCAAUAAUAAAAAUACGCAAGAGGGGACACAACAUUCCGAUAACGAGUGCCUAUCAGAUAUUACAUCUGAUGUAAACAUACAGCAAGAAGUGACUUUGCAGGAGUGCACAGAGAUGCCAAGACCAUCGUAUUUAUACAAACUGAAUCGCACGUCUCCGACUAUGCACGAACGUAAAAGCGUUCACUAUAUCAACAGUCCGGAAUCUCCGUCCCUUUUCGAAGCACGGAACCCUGUGCACAGGCGUAAGAGCUCCGACAGCGACGAGCUAUUCGAGAAACAGUACGAUAGCACCAACUCCACGCACAGUACAAAUCGAUAUCCCUCGCUGAGAUCGGGAAACGUUUCGCGGGAAUGUCAGAACGCGACGGAGAGAAGAACGGCUCAGGACGCACAGGGUGAAGUCGUCCAGAAGUUGGAAAGAUGGCGAUUAAACCCGCUCGAUGUCAACAUCAACGAAAACGACGUGCCUUUGCGACAGCCAAAUCGAUCUUCGACUCGGGAACGUAUACCGUUUGAGCAUUGCAAAGAAGCACACAUGUCUUCUGAUCAGAGCGACCAAGUAAUACGUUCCGUGAGCCAGCAUUUGAAGGAAAUAGCAGACUUAUGGUACAGUUGGCGCCCCAUUACCAAUUCGAUAUUUCAAUGGGGGUCACCCAUUCAGGUCGGCGCCGCUAACGGUAGCUUGGAUAAAAAACCAUUAACAGAUCCUAAGAUCGAACAGAUCCCAGCGGAAUGUACAUACCGGGAUGGUCACGAGCGAGCUAGUAAACGUAAAGCAAAUACUCUCAUCGCUAAUCUGAAUAAAGACAGUUCCACCGAGGACGAAGACGGCAGUCGAUACGACUUUGUUCGAGUUAAAAAAAAGAGAGCUCAAUCGAAUAACGUAACGUGUGCUACGAAUCAACAAGCGCAUACCGGUCAUAAUAAAGCAACAUCAGACAUUAUCGCGUCUUUCAGCGAUGAUAAUAUCGACACGGAUAUUGACAAUGAAUCUAAACAUUUAUCCAAAAAAAGAACCAAUGAAAAGGAUGAAAGAGUAUCGCCUGAAUUAACCGCAUAUCCUAGAAAAAUAACACCUCCCAAUCCUAAGACGCGUUUGGGUCUGACUAGACAAAGACGGGGAAACGCUACAUCGAAAGCGUCUCCAAAGACGCGGCGCACUAAUGAGAAUAAAGUUGAACAGGCAAGAGCUCAAAAGAAAGACAAUAGAAUGACGGCAGAAGAAAUCCGUCAAAAACUGGAAGAAGAUUGGAAUAAUGAGGAGGAAGAGGAAGACGUUGUGGUGGAGGACGUGGAAAUUCGGCCGCUGCCGAUAUCGAGAGAAAUGCGAUCUAGAUUACGAGAGAAACGACUGUCACUGUCGAAAACAGCGAAGGAGACGCAGGCAACGGCGAAAGAGGAAGAGAACGAUGAGGGGCGGAACAAAAAGAAGAGACUGAGACUCUGCGAACAACGGAAGGAAAAGGAAUUGUGUAGGAUAGAGAAUAGAAACGGAGCCUGGGAGCAUCAACUAUUAUCUGAUGAUGAGGAUAAAUCAGCCGAGAUAAAUCAAGAUGCACAGAAUGGUAAUCAGUCCGAAAAUGUACCUACUACGACAAAGAAUGUAAGUUGUCCUAUAUGCAAUAAGUGGUUUCCACAUAACGAGAUAGAGGAUCAUGCCGCUGAUUGCGAACAAUUCGAGACAAAUAACGACACGAAUCAGUUAGAAUGUAAUAUAUGCAACAAUUACAAGACGAAUAAUGGAGUGGAGUAUGAGGAACAUGUUCAGCAGUGUAUAAAUAAUAGGAAUGAUCAAAGACACUCACGUGGAUCUGAAGAUACCAAUACCACCUCUACCUCAUCCUUUCGCAAUUUUAUACCAAUCAGUGAACAGAAAGAUUCCGAGAUAGAUUACUUGGACAAAAAGCCCUUCGAAGAAUGCAACAAUGAUGCCAAUUUCAGUGCGACUGUUCCUGGAGGAAUUUAUACAGACUUGCGUAAGAACAACAUAAUAGAGAACAAUCUGCAUGGAAGAAACGAUAUCAAUAAUCGUUGGGUCGGAAAUCAAUCUGUGAUUUAUACUAAAAAUUUUAGCGUGCGCGAAAAUUUUCUAAAAGCUCGCAAGAUAGUCUUGAUUUUUCAUGGAAUUGAUACAUUUGCCAAUAUUUCUUUGAACAAUCAUGUAGUCGGAGAGGGUUCAAAUAUGUUCGUACGAUAUAUUUUUGACGUGACAGAUGUUAUUAAGAAAGGACAGAAUUUACUGAAAGUCACAUUUCAUUCAGCUGUUAAAGCAGCUGAAGAUUUAUACAAUGAGCAAAAGAAAAAUUACGUUGUACCACCAGUGUGUGUACCUAAGGAAUACAACGGACAAUGUCAUGUAAAUCACAUUCGUAAGAUGCAGGCCAGUUUCUCAUGGGAUUGGGGACCCGCUUUUCCCUCGGUUGGCAUCUGGAGAGAUGUUGAAUUGAUUCCCGUAAAUGAUAUAUUGAUUAACGACAUUACGACUGACAUACGCAAAGAGAAUGAUGCCUGGAACAUCCUCGUUACGAUAUUUCUCGAGGCAACGCAGAGCGAGGAUGAAAGAUUCACGAAAAUCAGUUGUCAUAUAGCAUCGAUAUUGCAUAUUUCGCAAAGUAAAGUUAUCAGCAAUGUCAGUGAGGUUGUAUUUGACGCAAAUGGAAAAUACAUAAAUGUUAACAUUUCGCUCAUCGUACCUGCGGAUACCAUUGAGAAUUGGUGGCCGAAUGGUUAUGGCAAGCAACAGUUGUACUACUUAACUACCACUGUGACAACGACAAACGAUGCACUAUACAAGCGGAUUCGUAUAGGCUUUCGAACGGUUGAGCUGGUGGAGGAACCUCUGAAGAAAGGAUUGAGUUUUUAUUUUCGCAUAAACGGCGUAUCAAUCUUCGCCAAAGGCAGCAACUUUAUUCCAGCCAGUGUCUUUCCCGAGCUAGGUGCGAAAGAAGACACCAUCAGGCACUUGUUGUUAUCCGUCAAAGGGACACACAUGAAUAUGCUGAGAGUGUGGGGCGGUGGUGUCUACGAAUCGAAAUUAUUUUACGACUUGGCCGAUGAAUAUGGAAUCAUGAUUUGGCAAGAUUUCAUGUUUGCAUGCGCCAUGUACCCCACGAGCGACUCAUUCCUGGGUAGUGUAAAAGAAGAAAUAUUACAAAAUGUAAUACGUUUGAAAAACCAUCCAAGCAUCGUGCUUUGGGCUGGCAAUAACGAAAAUGAGGCAGCGCUUUAUGGAAAUUGGUACGGAACCGGUUCUGCUCAGGUGUAUAGAGAGGAUUACGUGAAACUUUACGUGAAUCUAUUGAAGACGGAAGUGGAGAAAUUAGAUCCUGUAAGACCAUUCGUCGUGUCUAGUCCAGGCAACGGAGCAUACGAAGAAACGUACAAUUAUACUGGAGUAAAUCCUUAUUCGAAUCUCUACGGUGACGUUCACUAUUACAACUACAUCAGAAAUGGAUGGGAUAUCACUCAGUAUCCUCGGACGAGAUUUUGCUCUGAGUAUGGAUUUCAAUCUUGGCCGUCGAUAUACACGAUAGCGACUGCUAUAGAAAGCACGAAAGAUCUUCAUGUCAACAGCGAUUUCGUAAAACACAGACAACAUCAACCAUUCGGCAAUCAAUAUAUGCGGCUGCUGAUCUUGCACAACUUUGUUAUACCGCAAAGUAACAACAGCGUUCGAGAUUUCGCGAGUUAUAUAUACCUCAGUCAGGUUAAUCAAGCAGUUUCUAUAAAGAUACAGACGGAAGCGUAUAGGCAAGCCAAGUCAGAGGUGAAUUCCUUAGGUGAGGGUAUGACAAUGGGAGCUCUCUAUUGGCAGCUGAAUGAUGUUUGGCAAGCUCCUUCGUGGUCUUCCAUAGAUAUCGAAGGUCGCUGGAAAAUGUUGCAUUAUUAUGCCAAGGAUUUCUUCGCGCCCAUUAUCGUUACACCACAUUUGUCUACCUCCAACGAGCUCUCGAUAUAUGUAAUAUCUGAUCGAUUGUACACCUUAACAAAUUGUACAGUAAAACUUUAUGUUUACAAAUGGGAAUCCAUGAAAUCUAUAUUUGCAUUAUUCUUCAAUGAUAUUAUAAUAGAAUCUAAUAAAGCCAUGAAAGUUACAUCGUUUUGGUUAGACGCGUUCCUGCUUCGAGCGGGUUGUGGGUCAUCCUUGAAAUCCGCCAAAAAAUCCUGCAUAGUCACUUUAUCUCUCACGAAUAAAUCUGGAUCCCUAAUCGCGCCAGUCAAUUACAUAUAUCCUGAUGCGUUAAAAAACGCAGAUGUACCAGUAGCCAAUGUCACUAUGAAGAUCGAAGAGAAUCAUUUACCUGGGAAACUUUCCAAUUAUGCAGAUUUCAAAAUUGUAUUAUCGACAGAUAACAUAGCGCUAUUCGUGUGGUUAGAAGUAGGCAAUAUACGUGGUCGUUUUUCGGAUAAUGGCUUUCAUAUAUUUGUAAAAGAGAAAGAAAUUAUUUUCCACGCGCAUGAAGCAACCACAGUUGAAUUAUUACGGAACAAUAUAAAACUCACACAUAUAUCGAAUAUUUACAAUACACAUGGCAAUUUUGAUGAUGAUUCCUUUGUUAAAAGGACAAAGUUAGAUUAGUCAAAACCUUCUAUAAUGCAUUGUAUAUAAAGCGUCGGUUGAAAAUUACUUCAACAAUUGUACAUACAGUCCCUUUAAAUUACGAUAAAUACUAUAUGUAUCAACUUUUUAUCGCGACACAAAUAAACUCCUUCAUUUAUAUUAUA